AUGGAGUUAAGGAGUUGCAGUCAUUUGCACUUUAUCAAGACCGCUGAAGGUGGUAAAAUGCUGAAUGUGUUUCAUGGUAAGCCUGCACUUAAGUUCAAGGACCUCAGAGAUAUAUAUGAAAUUGGAGAGGCUGGAAGUCAUCAUUUGCUCCCAGUGGUUAGACCAAAACUUGAGCUCGAGGACUUGCCAAUUGAGUGUGAUAGGGCGAAGGCUGAAAGUCCAUGUAUGCUUGCAGGAGCAACUAUAAAAAGUAAGAGCAAAUCUCUAGAGUCUAACUGCAGCAGUGUUGGUGAUGGAGGGAAAUCUGAAAUAGAUGAUGUUGACUUCAGUACUAUGACACUGAAACAAAUUAAGGAGAGAUGCAAAGCAAAGAAAAGGGAACCUUCACAAAAUGUUGGUUUGAUUGGACAAACUGCUGAAACUUGCUCCCCUCCAAUGCAAGAACCUUCUUACUCACAAUUUGAGUUGGAAGAAUUCGAGGCUAUGGAACCCCUUAGUAAUUGGAAAUCCAGGAUAUUAAAGAGUAAGAAGAUGAAAAGAAAAUGCAGAUUAGAAAGCAGCCUUUCCAGUUCAUCUGAAAGUGCUUCAUCUAUAGUGAAAUCAGAGGAAAUCCCAAGUGAUCAAGUCAUUUUUCAAUCUAGUGGAAUUGUACCUGCACCUAUCAAUAUUAAAGUUGAGGUUCAGGAACCUAUUUCCUUUGAAGCAAUCAGUCUCCUGUCUUCAGUUUCGCCCUCGUCAGAAAUAAAGGAAGAAGAUUCUGUUGUAGAUUCACAUGCCGGUGUUGACCCCGCUGGAGUUGUCUCACUAAUUACGGAUGAUAGCUCAAGCACAUAUCAUGACUCCCAAAGUAAAGAGCCUGAGAGAGUUGAACAUGAUUUUGAGACUCACAAGUUAACUUUCUUCUGUAAUGAGCUCCAAUGCUGUGUUGUUAAUGAAGAAUCCUAUGAACCUGAGGAGCAUGUUGAUCCUAAAUCAAUGCCUGAUGCAAGAGCCUCUGGUGGGGAGAUAAUAAUGGUGGAUGUUGCAGAACUAACUACUGACCAUAAUUCAGGUUUGUCUUCAACAGAGCUAAAGAAAGAAUCUUCUGCUGUAGACCCACAUCACCAACAUUGUGGUGAUGGCUCCAUUGAAGUCGCUUUCCCAAGCAAGCAGCAUAAAUCUGGGACAGGCAAUGACUUUCAAAAUUUUCCUGGUAUGCAUGAGUUGUUGGAGCCUAACAGUGACAGCCAAGUUCAAGUUCCUGACAUCUCCAUGGUUAAUAUCUCUCAAUCUACAGAACUCAGCAACAGACAUGGUUUACAUCUCUCUGAAGGUGGUGCUAAAGAUGAUAGACCUCAUGUUGAAGCCACUGUUAUAAGCAGCCCUGUCAGUGACUUUAGCUCAUUUAGGGAUUCGAAUUCAUGCUCAAGUCAAGAUGACUGUUUAGCAUCUGCUACAGCUGAAGAAAAGAAGUCCCCACUAUCUGCCUGUACUGAUGCAGCAAGAAAGUUCUCUGCUGUGCCCUGUAUUGAUGAACCUUUAACAUUGGCAGACAUUCAGGGAUGUCAUCAUUCAAAGCUACAUCUUCCUGAAAGGCUUCUUUCAACCCGGAAGGCAAUCUCUCCAACAUCUCAAAAAAAACUAUGCAAGGCUAUGGAGUUCAGUGACUUGGAUGAUGAAGAAUACUACAAGUAUACAAGGAAAUUAUGCUACACAAAUUUCAAUGAGAAUAAGAUUGGUAGGCUCGGAAGAUCCAAUCAAAACCAGAGAGUUGAUCUCACUAUUAGCCCUGAGCGGAUCAUCAGGAAACCAAAGAACGAUAGAAAUGGUUUCCAUCGUAAAGGCAUCCUCAAGGUUCCUCAUCCUUCUCGAACUGUACCGCGUUUUGGCACUGGGUGCAGCUCUGUCCAAAGUUGUUCAGAGAGUGCCAUUUCAUUUUCACAGCAGCGAAUGCGUGAUAUUGAAUAUAUUACAACUAAACUUACCAAAGAGUUGAACUCCAUGAAGGACAUUGUUCAAGAAACAUGGAACUCCGAGGUCUAUCCAGCUACACCCUUGAAAUAUAGUGCAGAUGAGGUGAAAAUUGCUGUUCAAAAUGCAACAAGAGUGGAAGAAAGCGCAAGAAGAUGGCUUUCUAUCAUGGCAAGGGAUUGCAACCGUUUUUGUAAAAUCAUGAAAUUGACUGACAAAGCUUCUGCAACUUCCGGAAAAUUGGUCCACAAAGAGAAGAGAAAGAUAGUUUUUGCUGACGAGGCCGGUGGAAAGCUUUGUGAUGUCAAGACUUUUGAGUAUGACACGGCUUUUGUUACAGGGUCUAGUAGUGACAAAUCCGUAAAUUUCGAUCAAUAG